CGCAGAUGAAGAGGCGAAAGGAGAGUGGUGGAUGAGUAUAUUGUAACCAUGGUCCAUUCUGUCGGUGCGACACACUAUCCAUCUAGCUGUUCCCAUAAAGUUCGGUACUAACGAGAUGGGGAAACUUUCUACCUCAUAUAUACCACUUCAACUCACGCGGAAUCUCGAUUUCACUCAUAUGUGCGUCAGCGCGCAAGUUCUACGCAUUCGGUCAUCCCACUCGCUUCCCGUGUGGUGGCGAAAUGCGGGAAGCAACCAUAUUACCUAUAUAUCAUUUGGCUUUGUACGCUAUUCGUUAAUUAUGUAUGAAUUACACUUAUCAUAGCUACUAUACCAGUCUUAAAUCGAAAGGAUUCACCCGAAUGCCCAGCCUCGAAGCUCGCCGAACGCCGCUGAACCCUACAGAUAGGGCCAACCGAGCCGCCAAAUUGCCAGGCUCACAGGGCAAGAAGACAGCAGCGCACGAUAAUCCGCUGACGAAGAACACCCAGAUCCAAAACGCAGAGUCAAGAAACCAAGCCCAACAUGAAUAUGAAACCGACAAAGACGCCCCCCACGCCGAUCCCGAACUCUUCCACGAGCUAGUCGAAGAGCCAGACCUUGUUUUCGCCGACGACAUAUAUGCACUUGGUGUCACCCAUGCCGGACAGCCCGAUACCCCACACUCGGUGAGGAAGACUGCCCGCACAGCGACUGGCAACGCAAUCAGGCAAUCCCACCAGGGUAAACGCCAGCUGAGGAACACCGAUCCCAAUGUCCACGCCGACCCGGCGCUCUUCCAUGAGCUCGUAGAAGAACCUGACCUUGUCUUCGCCGAUGACAUCUAUGCUCUUGGUGUGACUCAUGCUGGGACACCAGAUCCCCCCCGAUUGACAAGGAAGUCCCGCACAACCACCGGCAACACGAGGCAGGCCAACCAGGCUAAGCGCUAUAUCAGGGUCAGACGCGCUCGUCCUAACGCCGACGAUCUCCAUUGGGAUGACAACCUCAUCCACGAAGUCGUCGAAGAGCCAGAGUAUAUUUUUGGUGAGGACAUAGAUGCACUUGGCGUUCUCCAUGCAGGAGUACCCAACGGUCACCCAUCAGGAAGCAAGGCCUCUCGCUCAGUUGGCAACACUGCUGAACCGCUACGCCAGCCAAGGCGCUACGUCAGGGUUAAACGCGCUGUUCCCGCUUCUGACGACCUGCAUUGGGAUGCUGAUGUUAUGCACGAGGUUGUUGAGGAACCAGACUAUAUUUUUGGCGAUGACCUUCAUGCCCUCGGUGUGAGGCACGCUGGAAUCCCUGACCCCCCUCGUCACGCGAGGCGCAGGCUUAGGGUUAAGCGGAUUGAACCUAGUGCUAGUGACCUUCACUGGGACGCCGACGUCAUGCAUGAGGUUGUUGAAGAGCCAGAUGCUGUUUUCGGCGAGGACAUCGAUGCCCUUGGCGUCACCCACGCUGGGGUUCCGGAUAACCCUCAAUCGACAAAACCGACUGUGCGCAAAGUCAUUAGGAAUGUAAGGGGGCCAGUCUACGGAUCUAAGCACAGGCACAGGCGGCAGCAUGCCGAUCCAAGACUGUUCCACGAGCUAGUCGAAGAGCCUGAUGCAAUUUUUGGAGACGAUAUCGACGCCCUUGGUGUCACCCACGCAGGGGUUCCGGAUGAUUUUGCUAAAAAGGGGGUUGAGAUCAGUGUAAGUGGGGUUCGGCUUAAAUUGCAGGCGACAGAAAAAGAGACUUUGGUUACUAUUAAAUUUCCAGCAACGAUGCAAUUAGGGUAAUUAGGGAUGGAUCUUAGGUGGAUGUCUGCAACUUUAUGUACUUUUCUAUCUUUAGUAUAAAAACAAUUUCUGUAGAACGUACACGUAUAGCAAGUGACACGUCUAAGUAGCGUAGUUUAUUAUACUCUGUUAACAUAA